AUGGCUCCGUCAAGAUUCGGAGCUUCGAAAUAUCGGAACUCGUUGCCCCACAUUCCACCUAGAGAAGAGUUUUACCGUUCGCAAUUACCUCCAUUCUCAGCAUCUCAAUCUAACUCCAGUACCACCACGACUUUCAGCUCAGAAAUCAAGACCAACAGAGAAUGGAUUGUGAUCCUUACAGCGAACGGUGACCUAUCCUAUAGGGGCUAUACGGGAGAUGCUGGUGUAGAGAAAGUCGGAAAAGGUGGUGGAGUCGGUGAUUGGGAUUUAAGUAGACUAGAAGACAAUGUGAUAGCAGUCGGUGGACUGGAUGGAAGUAUUGGUGUAUACUCUUUGCCGGUACUAUCAUCCACUCCCUCCCCUUUGACUGUUCUGCACACCAUACCACCAACAUCUCAAUCACCUAUAACGAACCUGAUUUUACAUCCUACAACACCUAAUAUCGUCCUUGCUUCCACUCUUACAAAUCCACUGGCGAUAUACGACGUGUCAUCCCCUUCUACAUCACCUCUAAUCACUCUCAACGCCUCAGAACCGAAAGGAUUGUGGUCAAUCGCAUGGUCAUCAAAUGGUCGAUUGAUAGGAGUGAUAGGUAAAUCAGGUAUUUUAUCAAUAUAUGAUCCAAGACUGAGUAAAGAUCCAAUCAAGACGAAAAACCUCUCGUUCUCUAUGCAAGCGUUAAAACCCAGUAAAAUAACCUGGGUAGGACAGGAUAUCUUCCUUACUUCCUACUCGAAACCAAGAAACAGACAAUAUUCAUUAUUGAUCAUCACUAAAGACGGAAUAGAAACGAAGUUCACUGAGACUUUGGAUACCUCGCCUGGGAUCUUGAUCCCUUUGGUAGACGAAGAAAGGAAGAUUGUAUACAUGGCAGGAAGAGGUGAUAUGUUUUUACGUCAAAUCGAAUUAUCUGGACCAAUAGGAUACCAAGAGACACCUCAUCCCUUACCGUUCCCUCUAUCGUCAGGCUCAAUGGCACUGAAAAACCAAACAGAAUUAGAUGUUAUGAAUGCUGAAAUAGCUAGGGUAAUCUUACCGGUCGUGGAUAAAGAUGGUGAUGCACUCUUACCGUUGGGAAUCAGAGUCCCAAGAAGGCAGUUGAUCGAUUAUCACGAGGAUUUGUAUCCAGAUGUCCAGGGAACUGUCCCGGAACAAAACGCGGAACAGUGGUUUAGAGGAGAUGACCAGAGUCCCCUGUCAGUGACUUUGGAUCCAGCUAGGCGGAACACUUGGGAAGGGAGGAUUGAAGAAUACAAAAAGCAAAGAGGAAACCUAUCUAUACCCUCAGCCACUUCCGUGAUGGCUCCCGAGGUGACUGUUCGUUCGAGCGUAGCUGCCUCUGCUGUCACAGCAAAUUCUGGGUCCGCCGAGACAGCAUCAAAUACCACUCCGCCAAGCAACGUAACUCUGGAUUCGUCGGUAGCAAAAGAUGCUAUUUCUAAAUCAUCAUCGCCAUCGUCGACAGAAUCAAAGCCAAAAAUUACUAUCAACCCUAAAUUGCCUUUACUACAGGACAACGAAACGUAUUCUUCGACGAGCUAUAAGUCUCGUAUUGUUGCGGACUACCUAGCUGUUGAGUUUGAGAAGCACAAGGGAAGUGACGAGAAGGGGCCAUUAAUGGUAGGAUUACAGGGUCCUCAGGGAUGCGGCAAAACGACUCUUUGUUCUGGAUUCGUUGAAUAUCUCAAGAAUGAAAAAAGCUUGAAAGCUGCCGUUUUGUCUCUUGAUGAUUUGUAUAAAACCCACGAGGGUCUCAAGACUGUGGCUACUCAGCAUCCAAAGAACGCUCUGCUCGCCGGUCGAGGUCCGCCCGGAACACAUGAUACAGAACUUGCGAAAUCCGUCAUUGGACAGGUGAUGCAUAUCAACGAUUCUACUGGAGAGUCGGUGAAACUUCCAGUGUUCGAUAAGAGUCUCUGUGGCGGAGAAGGAGACCGUUCUCAAGAUACUGUCAGUGUGUCAGGUCCUAUCGAUGUAUUCAUACUGGAAGGAUGGUCAAUGGGAUUUGCUCCCCUAUCAAAGACGUCUUUGGAAACAGCAUAUUCCAAUCCCGUACCCGCCUCCCCAGCAACUUCCGACACGUAUUUCACUAAGCAUCCUUUAUCUUCUCUACAAACAGUAAACGAAUACUUAUCGUCUUUCUCAGAAGCCUUAUACUCUAACUUUAAAGCCUUCGUCCAAGUGGAACCUUUAUCGUAUGACUACGUGUUUGAUUGGAGAUUACAGCAGGAACGUGCCAUGAAAGAGAAGAAUGGGGGGAAAGGGAUGACAGAUGAACAAGUCCAUAAAUUCGUGGAAAGAUAUAUGCCUGGAUAUGAAUUGUGGAAAGAAGGAAUUUGGAAUCAAGGCACAGGAUGGGCCGGAAGAGGGCUCAAGCUUGUAUUUGGAAGCGAGAGGGAAGUAUUAAACGUUUCUCAACCCCGUUCUUCUGAAACUACUAGUACCAAAGUAGACGAGAAGGAAGAGAAGGAAAAGAAGGAAGAGAAGGUAAAAGAGUCAGAAAAAGGUGACAUCCAGCUCGUGAAGGUCGACAAGAUAGCCGAAGAGAAAGUGAUACAAACUGGAGAAAAAGAUUUAGCUGUUAAGGUUGAAAUACCACCGAAGAGUGAGGUAUCGCCAUUCCCUCCUCCAGCCCUAUCUUCGACUACUUCAUCGAAAGAAUUUUCCCAACCUACCAAGGAAGCAACACCACCCGCCAAGGAACGAUACAACCCCAAUUGGUCUCGUAAAUUCUUAGCUGGAAAAGCCCCUCUGAUCCCUACAUAUGACUCUCUUCCUGCUCUAUCUUCAUUGCAUCAAGACUCUAAGACUUUGAAAGCGAAUGCACGCGUCGCGUUUUUCCCUAUCCAAGGCACAGGUGGGAGGCUGAAUGUUCACCCGUUGAGCAAGAAAGGACGUUUGAGCGUUGGUGGGGAAGGAUACCUAACAGGCGGAGUAGAGAUAUCGGAUUUCGAUGUGGAAUUAGGGGGCGAUCGGGUUGCAGUCGCUGGAGAAGACGGAGUCGUGAGACUAUGGAACGUUGGGGAGCAAGGUGUGCAGGGUGUAGGACCGGAACCCGAACAGGUGUUAAAAGGUAAAGGUAUCGAUAAAAUCACACAAAUAGCCUUCCAUUCUACUGCUGAAAAUCUGCUAGUGGGAUUAACGAAUGACUUUGGGCAAUCCUCCAUACGGUUCUGGGAUUUAGCGAUAGGUGAAGAAGCGAGCGUAGUGGCUAUACCCGUUCAAGGAGUGUUCAACUUCACCUUUUCUCCUGAUGGCGAGAGAGUAGCUAUCGCAGCCAAAGAUAAUCGCAUACUUGUACUUGAUCCGCGAAAUCCUUCCAAACUAAUAUCAGGUAAGGCUUAUGACAGUCCACGAUCCUUCCAGACCGCCUGGAUAGAUCGUAGCCACCUCGUUACAAUAGGCUUUUCAAGAGGGUCCCAACGGAAAAUCAACUUGUAUCAUCUACCAUCAGCAGGUGAUAUAGAGACUCUCUAUUCCAUCACGAUCGACGUAUCGCCAUCUGUCUUAUUCCCCGCAUACGAUCCAGAUACUUCCAUCUUGUACGUUUGGGGUAAGGGGGAGAGAGUAGUACAGGCAUACGAAGUAAAUCUAGAACAUAAAGAACCGAUUAGCAAGUUACCAAGUUAUACUGCUGGUUCACCACAGCUUGGUUUAGUGUUCUUGCCAAAAAGAACAGUAGAUGUGAAGAAAGUGGAAAUCGCGAAAUGUUUAAGAUUGACGGCUAAAACGAUGGAAGUAGUCUCAUUUUCCAUACCAAGGAAUAAGCCCGAGUUCUUCCAGGAUGAUAUUUACGUCCCCACUUUGGAUGUAGAAAGCUAUGCGAAUACCGCUCAGGAAUGGCUCAACGGUCAGAAUAAGGCUGUUCCGACGGUCGAGCUUCGACCGGAAGGCAUGGAAGCGCUUUCUCAAGCCCCAAAAAUAGACUCAGCAGCCAAGAAGAAGUUUGUCCCCGCAGCUAAUGUGAUGUCUGAAGAAGAGAAGAAAAAACAGGAAAUGGAUGCUUUAUUCGCCAAAGCUAAGAUGGAUGAGAGUAGUGAUGAAGAAAUAGAACAAAAAGGAUUAGCGGCGCCGGAUGACGAUUGGUAG